CCCCUUUGCAUCUCAGCCCUGAGUCUACCAUGAAUGACUCGUCCCUGCCGUUUAUGGCUGGAGCAAACACUGUUGAAGAGCAGAGGGCCCGCUGGGAGAGAAAGCGCAGCCGGACAGCCAAGGAGCUACUGGAAACUGAACACAAGUAUCUUGAGCAGCUGGAUCUGGUGGUCACAUUCUUCGUGACAAUUUUAAAGGCCAAAGGGACGCUAAAACCUGCUGUGCUGGAGACCAUAUUUGGACCCCUAGAAUCCAUAUAUUUGGCCAGCCAGGUUUUCUCACUUCACCUGGAGAGAGGGAAUUUGGGACUAGGACUGGAAAAUUUAUGUCAGAAAUUGGAGCUUUAUGGCCACUAUUCUGAGAAAUUGGAGCAGGCAAAUAAAAUCUUGAAGGAGCAGCUGAAGCAGAAUAAGUCAUUUCGACGAUUUAAGAAGCUCCAGGAGUCUCGACCUCAGUUUCAAGGGAAGAAGCUAGAGGAUCUGCUUCCUUUGCCCCUGCAGAGAUUGCACCAGUACAAACACUUCCUCAGAGACCUGCUGGAGAAUGCCAGCCCAGACAACAUGGAGUACCAGAAACUUGCAAAGACUGUGAAAUGUGUUUCUGAAGUAUCUCGAUGGGUCCAAGACAUCAUUCGCAAUAGAGAGAACUCACUGCAGCUACUUCGGGUUCAAAAACUGCUCAAAGGACAGAAGACCAAGGUGUUGGCCCCAGGGCGCUGGUAUAUCCGGGAAGGCUGGCUUUUGGUGGUGCCUUCAAAGGGAGAAGAACUGAAGCGCAGGAUGUUCUUCCUUUUUUCUGAUAUCUUUAUUGCGACAAAGCCAUGCCAUCCGCUGCACCUGUUGAACUCAAACAAAUUCACAUGCCAGGCUGUUUACCCACUUCAGGAGUGCACUGUGGAUAAAGUGUUUGGCCACACGCAGAGCCAGGGAGGGCUUCUCAGUCUUUCCUUUCUGCAUAAGACACUUCUGUUGAUGUCCAGUGACCAACAAGAUAUUAAUGACUGGUAUCAGAGUCUCACAGCUGCAAUUAGGCAGCUGAAAGCCUGACCCAUCUGAGUACAAGACAAUCCAGUAGGACAGCCUCCCCUCUUGGUAGAAGCAUCUGCAACCUUACAAAAUGCUGCACGUAGCAGAACAGUUGCAUUCAGAGGGACUACAGACAGCGUUUGUGAGACUGAAUGCUUUGUCAGCUGUCCUAAUCUCAAUACAGGCAUCAUAAAAAAGCAUAUGUACAUUAAGAAUCUGUAUAUUAAGAAUUUGUAUCAGGACUUUUCCCAUAGCUUAGAAGCAUCUAGCUUUUUACAUCUUUUUUUU